UGCGUUGUCUGGCGCUCGGUGGGUGCGGUUGACCCUAGUUUGAGGCCUGCCGGAUUACCGGCAAGGCUUGGGCUGGCCCAGGGCGCCGCCGCUCCUGUGACCACAACAGGGAAAGGUAAAGAGAACUGUACUCUUCGGGGCUCGUCAGGCUCCCCUGCAAGGGGGAAGGUAAUGGUUUCAGCCUUCCCAGGCUGGGUUCCGAAUCUCUAGGACUCCAUAGCUGCGAUCUCCUCCCUGUCCUGGACACCUUAUCUCCGGAUCUUCCAGUCUCAGUGCCCCACAGUAAACGUUAAUGCGCUUUGCGAAAAUGCAAAUGUUUAAAAAGGAAACCUUAAUCUCAUCUUUAAAAUGAGAAUUACUGAGUGACCCAAAGGACCUUUUACAGUUGGAAAGACUUAUUUGAACAGCUUAGUAUGGCCAGAUGGCAUCAGUUUUAUAACACUGAAGGGGAAACAAACAAAAGGCAUUGACCAACACUGUUUGGAUGAAUCUGACCAUUUCUUAGGAGAGUUGAAUGUUGUUUCUAUAAAUGAAUGAACCAGUUCUCUGUUGUUCGGAGCAAUGCUGAAAUUCCAAGAGGCAGCUAAGUGUGUGAGUGGAUCAACAGCCAUUUCCACUUAUCCAAACACCUUGAUUGCAAGAAGAUAUGUGCUUCAACAGAAACUUGGCAGUGGAAGUUUUGGAACUGUCUAUCUGGUUUCAGACAAGAAAGCCAAACAAGGAGAGGAAUUAAAGGUACUGAAGGAAAUCUCUGUUGGAGAACUAAAUCCAAAUGAAACUGUUCAGGCCAAUUUGGAAGCUCAGCUCCUCUCCAAGCUGGACCACCCAGCCAUUGUCAAGUUCCAUGCAAGUUUUGUGGAGCAAGAUAAUUUCUGCAUUAUCACGGAGUACUGUGAGGGCCGAGAUCUGGACUAUAAAAUUCAGGAAUAUAAAGAAGCUGGAAAACUGUUUCCAGAAAAUCAAAUAAUAGAAUGGUUUAUCCAGCUGCUGCUGGGAGUUGACUACAUGCAUGAGAGGAGGAUACUUCAUCGAGACUUAAAAUCAAAGAAUGUAUUUCUGAAAAAUAAUCUACUUAAAAUUGGAGAUUUUGGAGUUUCUCGACUCCUAAUGGGAUCCUGUGACCUGGCCACAACUUUAACUGGAACUCCCCAUUAUAUGAGUCCUGAGGCUCUAAAACACCAAGGCUGUGACACAAAGUCGGACAUCUGGUCACUGGCAUGCAUUUUAUAUGAGAUGUGCUGCAUGAAUCAUGCAUUUGCUGGCUCCAAUUUCUUAUCCAUUGUUUUAAAAAUCGUUGAAGGUGACACACCUUCUCUCCCUGAGAGAUAUCCAAAAGAACUAAAUGCCAUCAUGGAAAGCAUGUUCAACAAGAAUCCUUCAUUAAGACCAUCUGCUAUCGAAAUUUUAAAAAUCCCUUACAUUGAUGAGCAGCUACAGCACCUAAUGUGUAGAUAUUCAGAAAUGACUCUGGAGGACAAGAAUUUGGAUUGUCAGAAGGAGACUGCUCAUAUAAUUAAUGCCAUGCAAAAAAGGAUCCACCUGCAGACUCUGAGGGCGCUGUCAGAAGUACAGAAAAUGACACCAAGAGAAAGGAUGCGGCUGAGGAAGCUCCAGGUGGCUGAUGAGGAAGCCAGGAAGCUGAAAAAGAUUGUGGAAGAAAAAUAUGAAGAAAACAACAAACGAAUGCAAGAAUUGAGAUCUCGGAACUUUCAGCAGCUGAGUGUUGAUGUGCUCCGUGAAUCUGAUGAACCGACUUUAGAGAACCUGCCUGAGUCUCAGCCUACUCCUUCCCUGGACCUCAGCAAACUUGACUCAAUUGUAGAAGAUGCCACAUCUGACCUCGGAUAUCACGAGAUCCCAGAAGACCCACUUGUGGCUGAAGAGUAUUAUGCUGAUACAUUUGAUUCCUAUUGUGAAGAGAGUGAUGAGGAGGAAGAAGGAACAGUGUUAUCAGGACCAGAGAAAGAAAUCAAGAAGGAAUCCCAGCCUGCUUACAGAACAAACCAACAGGACAGUGACAUUGAAGCAUUGACCAGGUGUUUGGAAAAUGUCCUGGGUUGCCCUUCUCUAGACACAAAGACCAUCACCAGCAUGGCUGCAGACAUGUCCUCAGGACCAAAAGUUUUCAACAGUGUGAUGGCCAGGACCAAGAUGAAACGCAUGAGGGAUCCAGAUUAAAUUCCAAGCCUGGCACCAUGUUCCCACUAGAGGCCAAAAAGGAGGCCCCAUGGAAUGACAGCUGGACAACUUUCAGCUCUGAGGAGGGCAAGGGGCACACUGUGACUAAGACGGAUCCUUUCACUCACAGAGGCCAAGGGGAUGUACAUGGAGGGCCUGCUUCAUCGAAUGAAUUAUUCUCUUGGCUUCAGCUUCAUACAUCAAAUGAGACCGUUGGUGUCCUGUGCCUUACUGGACACAGGGAGUGUGGUCCCUGACAGGCACCAGGGACAUCACCUGGAAACUCGUGAGAAAUGGCCUCACCCCUCCUGAAUCAGUCUCUGAAUUUUAAACUAUUUGGAAAUUAGUAUACACAUUAAAGUUUGAGACAUUUGUUACAAGAGUGUGAGUUGGGAUCAGUCCUAAUAAAAAUCAAAUAUUAUAUAACAUAUGUUAAUAUAUUUGUGUUUUAAAGCCCUAAUAUUUUUGAGUUUUAAAAACUUACUUAUGGUGGGUAUAGAAGCUUACACCUGUAAUCCCAGCACUUUGAGAGGCCGAGGCAGGUGGAUCACCUGACGUCAGGAGUAUGAGACCAACCUGACCAACAUGGUGAAACUCCAUCUUAAAUAAAAAUACAAAAAUUAGCCAGGCGUGGUGGCACAGGCCUGUAAUCCAAGCUACUCAGGAGUCUGAGGCAGGAGAAUUGCUUGAAUCCUGGAGAUGGAGGUUGCCGUGAACCGAGAUCAUGCCACUGCACUCCAGGCUGGGUAAUAAGAGCAAAACGUUGUCUUAAAAAAAUAAAAUAAGUUCGCUUGUUUUCCAUUUAUUUUAAUAAGGAGGAUAUAAUUUACAUGCAGCAUAUCUCACCUCUUUUUAUACAUAGUUCUAUAAGUUUUGAUUUGUAUACAAUAAGAUUCACUCUUUUUAGUAAACAGUUCUAUCAAUGUUGACAAGUGCAAAUAGUCAUAUAAUUGUCAGCACAAUCAAGACCAUUGAACAGUUCUCUAGCCCCCAAAAUUCCCUGUGCUGCCCCUUUGUAGUCAGCCCCUCCCACCAUACCCUGUACCUUACAACCAUGGUCUACUUUCUGUCCCUAUAGUUUCUCCUUUUUAUAAUGUCAUGUUAGUGAAAUAAUCACUUAGCAUCAUAGGCCCACAUUGUAACUGGAUGGCAGUUGUGAAUACAGAGCUAGAUCUAUGCACAGUCAUAUGCUAGAGCCUUGUAAGUUUGAAUAACUUCAUUCCCCACAGAAUUGUCACAAGGAGAGUCAGGUCUGGCAUUAAAGUCACAGGCAUCUCACUAGCAGCUGUCCCUAAGGUUUCUGGCCCCUCUACAAGUCUGCUGUUAGAGGAACUUGCUUUCCGGAACAUUUUGAGGCUGAACUGCUGGUUUCCCUCUUAGACUUAUCAGGUUUUUUGCAAUGGCUGGGAGGCCUUAGUUCCUGGGAACAGUGUGAGUAGAGGGAGGCUCCUUCGUCUUGCUCUAUUGAGAUUUUUAGGGAUCAGAUCCACCUCACUAAAAAGCUCAAUAAUGGGAAACCAUGGAAAAGGCCUGAGAGUCUGGGGAAGCUUCUGGGCCCACUUUUCCAAUUGAAAGUCCAUGACCUGAAAAACAUCAGGGCCCUAAGAAACAGUUUAAUGAUAGGUCUGAAUCACCUUUGCAUUGCCAAUUCAUGCAGUCAGCACAGGAAGAAUAAAUAUUUGCAGGGAUAUGUGUUCUCCCCUUUAGGAACUGCAGUUACACGUUGUAUGUGUAGGCUCUCUGAAGUUGUCCCGCAGCUAACUGGUGCUAUGCUUGUUUUUUAUGCCUUUUUUCCUUCUCUGUGUGUCAUUUUGGAUAGUUUCUCUUGCUAUAUCUUAAAAUGUAUUAAUCUUUUCUUCUGCAAUGUCUGAUCUGUUAAUCUCAUUCAGUGUAUGUUUAUAAGUAGACAUUAUAAGCCUUUUGAGAUUUGUAGCAAAAUUAACUAGAACAUUCAGUAUAUUCUUUGUCUUAGACAUUAAGUUUCAUCUCUAGAAGUUUGAUCUGAGUCUUUUUGUUACAGUCACAUCUUUCUUGUCUCUGCUUAACAUGUUCGUUACUUCCUCUAGCUAGUUCAACAAGUAGAGUAUACUUACACUAAUUAUUUUGAUGUCUUUGACAUUGUGAGCUAAAACUCACCCUGUGUGGGUGCUGGAUAAUUUUGUAUUCCAGUAAAUAGCUUGGAUCUUUGUUUUAGUUGCUUGGAAGCAGUUUGAUAUUUUUGGUUCUUACUUUUGAGCUUUCUUAUGUAGGACCAGGGAAGGUCCUAUAGGCUCUAGCUGGUUAUUUCCCAUUUCUGCAGCAAGACCCUUUGGGAUUCUCUAUGCAAUGGCUGAUGAAUGACCAGGUUUACCAGUUAGGCAAGUCUGAAGGACUGAAGAGGCGCUAUUCCUGGCCCCAUGUGAGCCCCAAGCACUCUUCUCUCUCAUCCUCUCAGGUGCUUCUCUCCCUCAGCUCAGUAAUCUCCUCACAUGCCUGUUCUGGUCUAUAGUCAGCUGAAUCACUUUCUAUGUGUGGGUAUACACAGCUUUCUUGAUUUCUUUUGCUUCACAGUUUUUGAAACUACUUUUGUUUUAUUACCUUUGUUAAUUAUGUAACAUGUUUCCAUGGGUCCGAAGUCAGAUCCAUUCAAAGGCAUGUUUAAUGAAGACUAGCUUCUACUCUUGAUCCCUUGCCCUAUUUCCUCCCUUUGAUGUUUAAAAAUUUUAUGGGUCAUCCUUUCAUUUAAAAAUAUAUUCAGAUUGGUAACAUAUUAUAUACAUUUUUGUCUCCUUUAUUUAGCAAUAUAUGCUGGAGCACAGUAGCAUAUGGCAGAAUACUUCUUUUUACAGCUUCCAAGUUCUCCUCUGUAUAGAUGUAUUAUUGUGUAAUCAACCUGUAAUCUAAUGAUGGACAUUUGAGUAUUUGCAAUCUUUAGCUAGUACAAAUUGUGCUGUAAUAAAUAGCCUUGCACGUUCAGCUUUGUUUGUUAGUUUUAUUGACAGUUUAUCUUUGAGCUAGAUUUCUAGAAGUGAGAUUGCUUAGUUAGAGGAUAAAUGCAUACAUAAUGUUGGUAGAUAUUUCCAAAAGCCACUUUACACUGUCACCAGCAAUGUAUGAGAGUGAUGUUUCCCCACAAAGUAUGUUAUCAAACUUUUGGAGUUUAUUCUAUCCAUGCAUCCAUCCAUCCAUCCAUCCAUCCAUCUAUCGUAUAUCUACUUUUUUCUUUUAUAAAUAUAGUAUUUCAUUGUGUGGUCUAUUUUACUUGCUUUCGUAUAGUUUUCGGAAUUUAGGAAGCUGUGUCAUGUCUUACAGCACAUAAACUUGAGAUUAAAGUACACAAAAUGUCCCCAAAUCUACAUUUGGAGUGGAAAGGAAGAAACCACUUUUAGCCUCAGGUUUCAGCUGAGAUGUCCAACACAGCUUACCAGAAACCUUGCUUACUGGGGGUCAAGUGGUGUUGCUUGCAAAGAUUGAUAAAAAUGAUACUUUUUUUCUCAUUUAGCUAUUUAGCCAGAGACUUUUGUUUAAGUUAACUUAAUGAGGAGUAGGGCUUUGUGGUGCUCUAAAUCUCUGAUAUCUAGAAGGAGCCACCUUUCCAGGGCUGCUGAUUUUAUUGUCAUCAGUUUUAGAUUAUUAAUGCCUAGAGACCAGGCAUUAGUCUGGCAUUAUUAAUGCCAUAGAGAUCAGUGUAGUGACAUGCACAUUAUGCCCAAGUGGGCACUGCUUCUCCUAUAUGUAGACAUCUUACCUGUAGUAUUUAUAGAGGAAGAUGAAGGGUAAGAUGAUUUUCAUGGUGCUGUCUCAUGUCCUGGUAAUUGAAUGGGUUACACGCAUGGCUACCACAGUGCAUGCCACUGCUGAUGCUCAUAACAGGUUUCUGCAUUUUUGCAUCUGUGUCAUAGAUGCCUAUUCUCUUAUCCAGGUUGGAGCACAGCCCUGGUGUAGAGUACUACCAUGAGGACCGAAGUCAACUAUUUAGAGGCUGCAGAAGGCACAGGGAGUUUCUAUAAGUAACAGUGAAGUCAAACCUCAUAACUGAUUCAGUCUCCAAUUUAGCUGGUUCACAAAUUCUUGAAAUUUUUCCUUCACUUUCAAUCACAGGAAGAUCUUGACUGAAGAAGGUUAAAUAGAAAUGAGAAGUCCAUUAUCUUCUUUAUUGUCCUUGUUAACCUGAUAUGUAGCUGAUGGUACAGUAGCAAUCACUGGUAAAAAUGAUGAUAAGACAUUAAGCACUUGCUAAAAAUGUUCCCGAGAUGGGGUAGUAGCACGAAGUUUAUAAUUGUACCAGCCCAGUUUUUGAACUGGACCAAAGCCAUAGCAAUGUUUAUGUGGAGGAAAACUUGCUUUCCAUGUAGGCCUCCUUUGUGUCAGGGAGUGCACUAAGCCAGACACCUUCUCUUUCAUGAAGUUCUUACCAUAUACCUGUGAGAUGCAGAUGACUCUCCAGUUUAUAGGUAAAGAGUCUGUAUUUCAAGAGGAGAAGAACCCCUCCUAUUGUCAUAUAGCUAGUAAGUGGCAAGGCUUCAUUUCAAAUAGAAGUGUAGUUAUUCUAAAACUAGAGCUGGAAGGCACUGCCAAGAUGAGAUGGGAAUGGUGGGAGCUGAGUGAUACUGAAGUCUAGAUCUCAUCAGGAACUCUAAAGCAGCCUCUUAAUUACCAUAGGCCUUAUACGUACCUGGCAUCAUGCUCUGGAACCUAUUUGUUUUCAUUUUGUAGCCAUAAGUACAAACCAACUUAUCUUCACGAUGCAGAAGCUUUGAUACAGAAAGUUUAAGUGAAACACCCAAGAUAUUUCACUGGCUUCUAGGGUUGGUCUGUCUGCUAUCAUAUUUUAUGUCUUUUCACAUGCUUUUCUGAAUUGGUAGGUAUUGAUAUUGGUAUGUUGACAACAUUCUCACUCUUGAAUUCUCAUUCUCUGAAUUCAAGCUCUCUCUCUCUCUCUCUCUGUGUGUGUAUGUGUGACUAUCUAGUACUAUUUUACUAUUUUAAGAUUUCCAAGUGCUUUAUGAACAAAGUUCAUUCUGUUUGAAGAUUGAAAUAACCCUUCAAUGGAGAAAGAGGUGCAGUGAUGGUUCUUUUCUCAUUCUUUUUCCAAAUCUCAUUGAAAAAGUACUAGUUAUGCCUUCAGCAUUCCGUUUUUUAAAUAAAAGGUUAGUACGAGGCAGUGGUUCUGAAGGAACUGCUGAUUGAAAUCAGCAUUUCUAUUUCAAAACAACGAAAGUUUGUAUGUAAAGAAAGCUUGGUAACCAGCAAAUAAGGGCUCCUUUACCCAAAGACCAGUGGUUCUAAAUUUAUGUGUCAGGUUUAAGAGAUCCUUUAAAGAGCCAGCCAGACCUCUUACUCAGCCGUCUCAAGGUCUGCAAGCAAUUAAUGGAAUUUUUCUUAAGAGUCUGUUAGGUGUGAGGCAUUGUGCUUUGGGGCAUAGAACAAAGAGACACCUUACAACCUAGCUUGGGAAAUUGGACAUCUGAGGUGUGAUUUACAAGACUGAGGGCAAAUGCCAGGAGCCACCUGAGUGGAGCCAGCACCCUGGAAGUUCAGAGGAGGAGGCUCAUUUCUUAUAAAGGAGUGAGCAGAUUCCUGCACUUCUCCCUGAAAUGAACCUGUUGUAUUUAUUUCCCUGCUCCAGGAAUGACUUAUCAUCUUUCUCUGAAGCUGAGGUUCAGUAGAAGCUGAGGUUCCCUAUCCCAGAUGUCAGCCAGCUUGUCCCUGCCUCUCCAGGUCUAGGCAACUCUGACUUAAACCCUUAGGACAUGCCCUAUGGUAGCUCAAAACCUUUCCUAAGACGUCUACAAACUCGUGGGUGGUAUGAUCUCAUCCUCUGGGCUUCUGUCCCUAUUGUCCCUAUUCUGGCCCAUAUCGAUCUAGAGUAAAAAAUCUAGCUCAUUUUCCCCAAUAUGCUUUGUGAUGGUUAAGUGUCAACUUGAUUGGACUGAAGGACGCAAAUCCAGUCAACGCUGUGUCUGUGAGGGUGUUGCCAAAGGACGUUAACAUUUGAGUCAGUGGGUUGGGAAAGGCAGACCCACCCUUCAUCUGGGUGGGCACCAUCUAAUCAGCUGCCAGCACAGCUAGAAUAAAGCAGGCAGAAGAACGAGGAAGGUCUAGACUGGCUGAGUCUUCUGACCUUCACCUUUUUACCAUGUUGAAUCUUCCUGCCCUCGAACAUCAGACUCCAAGUUCUUCAGCUUUUGGACUCUUGGGCCUACAUCAGUGCUUUGCCAGGGGCUCCUGGGCCUUCAGCCACAGACUGAAGACUGCAAUGCUGGCUUCCCUACUUUUGAGGUUUUGAGACUCGGACUGGCUUCCUUGCUCCUCAGCUUGCAGACAGCCUAUUGUGGGACUUCACCUUGUGAUCGUGUGAGUCAGUACUCCUUAAUAAACUCCCUUUCAUAUAGACAUCUAUCCUACUAGUCCUGUUCCUCUAGAGAACCCUGAAUAAUAUACUCUUACUCACCCAAAUCUUCUGUGAGUACACUUGACUUUUUUGAAUAUUUCAAAGCUAGCAAUAAAAGCCUCAUGUCACAAGGACAUAAGCAACUUCAAACUAAUCAUUACGCAUCCUUGUUCUUUAAAAAUGCUCUUUAGCAGGUGGGCUCAUUGGAAAGCACUCUCUGAGAUGAUUUUCAUGUCGAAAGGUUUCUGGAGAUGGCCGGCUCUCUGGAUCCAUUUAUGGAGGGGCAAGGAAGGAAACAGGAGUAGGCAGAGAGAGAAGGUGGGCUGUGGUACCAUCUCAACAAGGUCUGGGCUACAGCACGGGGUACACCUAAGCUGGGAUGGCCCUGCAGUGUUCAUUGAGGGGGCUGAGCUCAAGAGCCCUCCAUCUACCAGUUACUGGCUGCAGGAAUGCAGGAAGGGCAUGAGCCCUGACAAGGCCAUUCUUGAGCUGAGCUGAGCGGAGCUGAGGGCAGUUCUUCAAGAGGGCUGAUGGCUGAAAUUUGUCCGCCAACGGCAUUCCAAGUAACUAGAGGGUAAAACUUCUCUAUUCUGAAAAACCGUCUUCAUCCCCAGCUCCAUUCCAGUUUCCUGACAUCUCUCAUUUUCCCUUGUUUCUCAGAAGCAAAACAAACUUUUCUAACAAUGGGGCACCUUAGUCAUUCUUCUGCUUCUUUACACGCAGAUAAGUCACCCUUGUGUAACAUCUAUGUCCUUGGGCUUUCAUCUUCCUUCACGAAAGUCUUCCUUGCAUAGUAUUUUCUAAAUAAACAAUUUCUGUGUGUGUGUGUGUGUGUGUGUGUGUGUGCGCGCGUGCACAGGAAUGUCUGUGCCAGCUGACACUUACCACAUUUGUACCCUAAUUCCAUCGGCUCCGUUUCAGUAAUGAUAGGACGCAUCAGAGAGAGAAAUUGCUGUAAUGAGAACAAUGUGGAUUUUUAGGAUCUGAGCACUCUGGGUUUGCAACUUGGCUACUUUUACUCUGUGGUCUUAGACAAGUCCCUUUACUUUCCAGAGCCUCAGUUUCUUCAGCUGUACACUGGAGGGAUAAUUAAAAAUAGCACCAUAUUGUGUAUUAAGUGGUCACCCAAAAAAAUACCAUCCCUUCUACCCGUCUUUCUUGGCCACUUCAGUUGCCAUUCUACAGCCCCUGACUUUAUGAGUUAGUACCUAAUUGACUAUGAAAAUGUUUGUUCUGUCAGUUUUUCACUACACAGAUUUGAAAUCCUGCUUCCAAGCAAACAAUCCUAAAGAGGGUUCACUAGCUAUUAUCACCUGCAAAACAGAUGUCCAGGGUUGAGGGUGUAGGGGACGUGGGAGCAGAGUUCAGGGACUUCGCGGGCAGUAUUUAUGUGGCUAGUGCCAAGGCUGCUUCAGUGUUCCUGGUGGCUCCUGUUGACCCUUUCUUGUUCAUGUUUCUUUUUUCUUCUUAGAGCUGUAAGUAAACUAUGUUAUAUGUAUUUGAUUGCCACUAUGACCAUGCCUGAAUUGUAGUAGAGUGUACUUUUCCCAGCUGAGGGCUAGCUAUUUUUAAACAACUAAGCAUGCUUAUCAUAAAAUUAAAUAAAUCAAUACAGUUGUUCCUAUAGUAUUUUGAAAUACCUAUAAUCUAUUAUUCAGUGUUGAAAACCCUGAACACCACCAGGUACUACAGGCUAAGCAGGAAAUUUUGCUUCUGUUUCUGUAUCACUGAGUUUUGCCUAAUAGUUUUCGAAUUGCCAAAUUAGAAAAAGAAAGCCUGGAACAUGAACCUUUCACUUCUCAGAAUAAACUGCCAUAUUUGGGCUCCCAAUGCCUGGGACUUCAGAAAGGAGGCAGGUUUACUCCGGCAGUAUGGUAUGAAGAUAUUGACCCAAAAAAUUUACCCAGAGAUUAUUUUGGAUUCUUCAUAAGGUGGAGGUAGAGUCAGGGAUUGCACCUGUCCCUCAUUAAGCCUCUCUGGUGUGAGGGGCACAUGGAGGUAAGUCACCCUUGUGUACCAUGAAUGUGCAAACAGAGCAGCCAGAAACACUCUGGGUAGAGUCAGGUGCAGAACAAUGGGUAAAACCUUAGAAAAACUGGAAGAAUAUUAGGGCCCUAGGUUUUCCCACUCCAUAUGAAAUAGCAGGUUUUUUCUGUCCAUCUGUGCCCAUAGGAGCUGGUCUGCAGGAAAAGGUAAUCUCAUAGGAGCAAGCAUGCUCUCUGGUGCAGCCAGAGAUUGCUCAACAGGCACAGAGAUCCCGCCUCCAGAACAAGAGCUAAUGGUGUAUCAUGGGAGUUGAGACCCAAAUUUGGCAAUUUGAUCUGUUUCAAGAAUGGUCCAAAGAUCUUUGUUUAUUUGUUUGUUUUGAGACAGGGUCUCACUCACUCUGUUGCCCCGAGUAGAGUGCACUGAAGCAAUGUAGGCUCACUGCAACCUCUGCCUCCGGGGUUCAAGUGAACCUUCCACCUCAGCCUAUUUUGUAUUUAGAUCGAAAUAUGUUAAAUAUUUUAAAUAUGUUAAAA